CCUCCUGUCUAUAAUAUAUCCGGGCGAGAUUCGAAAACCAAUGUUAGAUUUAACGUUGAUGAGUGAAAUAAUUUCUUCAGUGCAGCACCAUGAACAGGAUUUAUGCAUUAACAGAUCUUCGUAAUCGUGCUAACCUUAAUGGAAUACGCUGGUUACGGCUCGGUGGACAAACUUAUGAUGUGGUUGAGUAUCUAGAAGCCGGAAACGAUGGGAGCCUUCUAAUAGACGCAGCAGCAAGGAAUGAUGUACAAGAAGCCGCUCAACUGCUGGACGGUUACAAUAUCUCAUUGCACGGUGAUACAAGUACCGAUUUAGAUAAUCUUACCCAUAUCGCCCAGCACGCGUAUGAUGAACCUAUGUCAAGCAUUGCACCAGGAGAUGGAAGUAAUCAACCUCCGGCAGGUUAUGGACAAAGAAAUGGAAGUGAUGAUCAGCCUCCAAUACUCCAACUACGUGAAUUUGCAAUUAAGAAUCGAGAAACUAUACUUAAUGUUGCCAUUGGCGCCAUCGUCGUCAUUGUUGUUUAUCUUUUAUCAAAUGGUUCAUCAUCUAAAUAAAGACCAACCCACAUCUUCUAUCAUGAAUUUGUAAAAAGCCCAUUGGAAGGGGUCUAGUCUAAAGUCCGAAUCUUUGCUUUCUCGUUUUUGGGAGUUGUUACCCCUGUUAGUCGCAUUUUGUGACAGUCAGUUGUGUGGUUUUAAACGUCUUUCAUUUGGUGUAAUUUCAGUCUUAUGUAAGAAAAACUUCGUGUUAUUAGGCAGUGGUCGGAAAAGUUUUUGAUCUC